AUGACGAACAAUAGUCUUGGGAGAUAUCGAAAACAAGUAAAAAGCAUAUUAGGAACAUAUAUCAUACUCGCUUUUGUCAGGAAGCUGUUCAAAACUGUAAUCGUUUUUCCACGGCAUGAAUUAUGCCACUUGCACGAAAGCUACAUGAAAAAACGCGCUGCGCUUAGUCUGGAAGAAGACAUAAACAUCAGAGAAAACAAUGGCUGCCUGGCGAAAUGGCUGCCGUUUAUAUCUGAAUGUAGUCCUGGUUGCGUGUCUAGCCUGGUCUGGGGUCCAGUCUACUACGGCCUUGUUCAAGAAGCUACGUUCGCCGUGCCUGCAAACAAGCUAGCUGUGCCGCAAGUUUACUGUUCAAUCAAGUGUGCAUUGAAUCCAAAUUGCAAAUUCUACGUCUUUCGGAAUGGCGAUACUUGCGUUCUCUAUUCCUUCUUCCUUGACCCUGGGUACGUCUAUUCUGGCCCUGACCCGACUGUGGACGCCUACGCCCCUCCUGCUGCCUAUGACCUCGCCCUUAUGAAACUGGUCACUGCCUCCUCCUGUUACGCGUCCUAUUAUGGGCAGUGGAGUAGCCUUGUGGACGGCAAGCACUGUCGCAUCGGGAAGAACUCCUGCGUGUGCACCAGUCCUACUACGAACACGUGGAUCACCGUCGACCUCGGCGCUACGUACGCCAUCACCGAGAUCGUCGUUACUGUUUCCAUGGGCCUCGAUCAGCCGUUCUUCGUGAGCACAAACAUCCACGUGGGAGAUGGGGGUACCUACCAGAGUGACCCAGUGGUUGUUUCUAAGGACGCCAUCCAACCUCUGUCCUAUGAAACCCUCAGAUAUCCAGUUUCGGCAAGUGGUCGGUAUGUGACCUUUCACAAAGCAUCCGGCAUGCAGUGUUUCUGCCAUAUAAAAGUUUUUGGAAACUAAGCUACUAACUGAUCAUCAUGACGAUCGUCUCGGCUAUUGCUUCUGUUAGAUCUCCAAUGAAAUUGUCCUAUAUAUAUUUUUUAUAUAUAAGGUGGGGUCUUUGUUUUGACAUUAAGGUGGCGAUGUGCUAAGAUACCAAUACUCUUAUUAACUCAAUACCAACAUUUAGUCAGUCUUUCAUUAUGUUGAAUGAUGUUUCAAACACUAAAGUAAUGGUGAAACAUCCUACCGUGCUGAUACUAUGGUAGGAAAAAAAAACGUGAACAAACGAAGCUUUUUAAUGAAUAUCGUGCGAGCUUUCUGUCUUUUUUUUCUACCAUUAACGUAAAUGAUGAAGAAUAAACCAAACUGAAUGCA